AUGAUAAACCCUACACUGAUCAUCGAGAACCAAAAGUCGGACCCUAUCUUUGCCGGCCUGCUACACUCCAAGAGCUUCUUCUGGCUCGCCACCGGCCCAUCUUUGCACGGAGAAUGGGAGCCAGGCUGGAAUGAUGUUGACCUUGUCGAGGAGAGGUCCUUGACCGACUCCGCCGAGCCACGGGGCGACCGGCGACAAGAGGUCGUCUUUGUCGGCGAGCAUCCCGACGUCAACGGCCUGACGGCCGAAUUGAACAAGUGGGAGAAGGUAAUGAAAUCCUCUGAUGACAAAAUGCUAGUCAGCGACAGACUUGCAAAGGUCUUUGAAGAUGGAUUUGAGGAUUGGCCAGAGUUAGUACACGGCGAGGAGGACGAGGAAGGCUACGGCCACAAUCACGAUCGUGGCGCCUCACAUCAUCAACAUCAGCAUGCGCAGCGUAAAAUCGCGGCCAAAUAA